UCCCGUCUCCGAGCUUCUUAAACACAGGCCUUGGGCCUACGGCUCUGGGGGUACUUGGGGGGGCGGGGGCAGGUCUGAUGAGUAACCCCUCCCCCCAGGUUCCAGAGGAAGAAGCCUCCACAUCUGUCUGCCGGCCCAAGAGUUCCAUGGCCUCCACUUCCCGCCGCCAACGCCGAGAACGUCGCUUUCGUCGUUACUUGUCUGCAGGACGGCUGGUCCGGGCCCAGGCCCUCCUCCAGCGACACCCAGGCCUCGAUGUAGAUGCUGGGCAGCCCCCACCACUGCACCGGGCCUGUGCCCGCCACGAUGCCCCUGCCCUGUGCCUGCUGCUUCGGCUCGGGGCUGACCCUGCCCACCAGGACCGCCAUGGGGACACGGCACUGCAUGCUGCUGCCCGCCAGGGCCCAGAUGCCUACACCGAUUUCUUCCUCCCGCUGCUAAGCCGCUGUCCCUCCGCCAUGGGAAUAAAGAAUAAGGAUGGGGAGACCCCUGGCCAAAUUUUGGGCUGGGGACCCCCCUGGGAUUCUGCUGAAGAGGAGGAAGAUGAUGCCUCCAAGGAGCGGGAAUGGAGACAGAAGCUCCAGGGUGAUGCCUCCCAUGAAACCCAGGAACCUGAGUCCUUCUCAGCCUGGUCAGAUCGCCUGGCCCGGGAACAUGCCCAGAAGUACCAGCAGCAGCAGCGAGAAGCAGAGGGAUCCUGUCGACCCCCACGGGCUGAGGGCUCCAGCCAGAGCUGGCGACAGCAGGAGGAGGAGCAGCGGCUCUUCAGGGAGCGAGCCCGGGCCAAGGAGGAAGAGCUGCGUGAGAGCCGAGCCAGGAGGGCGCAGGAGGCUCUAGGGGACCGAGAACCCAAGCCAACCAGGGCCGGGCCCAGGGAAGAGCACCCCAGAGGAGCGGGGAGGGGCAGCCUCUGGCGAUUUGGUGAUGUGCCCUGGCCCUGCCCUGGGGGAGGGGACCCAGAGGCCAUGGCUGCAGCUCUGGUGGCCAGGGGUCCCCCUUUGGAGGAACAGGGGGCUCUAAGGAGGUACUUGAGGGUCCAGCAGGUCCGCUGGCACCCUGACCGCUUCCUGCAGCGAUUCCGAAGCCAGAUUGAGACCUGGGAGCUGGGCCGUGUGAUGGGAGCAGUGACAGCCCUUUCUCAGGCCCUGAAUCGCCAUGCAGAGGCCCUCAAGUGACCCUAGGGAAGAAGCAAGAAACUUCGGGGCUGCAGCCUCAGGAUGAGGCAGAAGGAAGGGUAAGGGAAAGGAUGGGGACCACAAGGAAGAGCCAGGUGCUGCUCAGCAGAGGAUAUGGGUGGGAGCGAAAGUUGUAACAAGUGGGGGUGGGGGGUGCGGGCCGCCACCACUGCUCCUUGACUCUGCCGUUUCCUAAUAAGACCUGGUUCCACAUCUCA